AUGACAUCAAGAGAACAGUACGUCGUGCCAGCGACAAACAGUGAGACGGCAGGCUUUUCUGCCCCGAAAGCAUUCGAAUCGAGCGGUGAAGGUGCCCAGAUGAAUUACCUGUGCGCGGACUGUGGAAUCAAGAACACUCUACGGAGAACGGAUCCUAUUCGCUGCAAGGAAUGUGGUGGCCGUGUCCUGUACAAGCAACGCACGAAGAGGCAAGUCAACCCUUUCCAACGCAUCAGAUCUUGA